CAACGUUGAGCCGCUGCCGCUGCUGCUGCUAUUGUCUACGAUUCGAGUGGGGUGGCGCGUACCUGUCGCCUUGAGCAGAUUAUGGCAGGAAUAUCGCGCGGUCUGCGCCGGCAGUCAUAAAACAGGUACGAGCAACAGCCGGUGCCACAGUCGGUGUGUGUCUGUUUUGGAAAUUCCAUGGAAAACACGCUAUCGGCAGUGAAUGAAUAUCAAUUGCCUGAUCCAGAGCCAGAGCCGGGAGCCAUCAGUUGUUAGUUUACCCUCCAGCGGACAGGUUGUCAUUAUAGCCAUGCAGAUUCAAAUGGAAUUCGUGCCCAAUCAUGGCUACAAGCCAUUCAAGAUGCCCCAGCAGCAGCAGCAACAGCAGCCGAAGCCGCAGAUGGCGGUGGCCAGCAAUCAUGUGGAGUCCAGUGGCUGCUUCAGGAAGGGCUCCUAUAUUGAGCUAUCCAAUGGAGCGAUGCGUCGUGUGGAGGAUAUUCGCACAGAGGACUUCAUUCAGUCGGCGCUGCGCAGCCAGCUCUUCGAUCUGCGAGAGGCCACAGUCGUACGCAUUGACAGGGGACACCUGUCCACAUCCUCCCACGUGACCAUCACCUUUAGCUACGACACCCGACACGCCAAGGUCAAUAUGGAUGUGCUGCCGGGUCAUCCCUUGUUCGUCUAUGGCCAGGGCUGGGCCUCCUGCAAUCCCCAAUUGUCGUUCCAGCUCUACGAGCUCAAGUGUCAGCAGUUGCAGGUCGGCGACAUUUGCCUGUCGCUUGUGCCCCGCGAGCAGAUGGUGCACCCCAUUUCUGCUCCUCCUGCUGCACCACCACCGCCGCCGCCGCCACAAGUGCCCAUGAGGCAUCAAUCCUAUCAGAUGUAUGCAGAGAUGGCCAAUUUUGUGGCUGCCUACACUCAGCACGUGAUUGAGAAAUUAAGGAACUAGCUGCCUUUUGGAGCCUUUGCCUUAGACAAAUGGCCAUGCUUCGAUAGAUUGCGCGCUAUCGCUGCUAUGGCCAAUUACACAUAUAUUUUAAAUGCUUCAUUUUUUGUAAUAAAUUAAAUAUCAAU